CGUAAACCCACGCAAACACAACCUAUCCCAACUGGACCUUUCUCGACCGGAUUAAAGUUGCGAUGCUUGACGUAGAAGAUUUCGACGCCGUUUUUCAGGGUAUCACCUACAGCGAUGGCAUCAUCCAAGAAAUCUUGGAGUAUCAGCACGCGCUCGGACGGACCUUCUUCGAACGACUGCUAGAAGUCCUCAAAAUCACAGGAAGGAAAAUCUACCCGCCCAAAACCCCGCAACAAUUGCACGACCUUCACCAGCGCAUCGUCUCUUCAGACACAACCCUACACAACAAGAACUGCCUCAUCUUCUACCUGCUCAAAGAUUUGUCGCCUCUGCAACACGAUGACACCGAGCUUGCGACAGCUUUCGCGCACGACGUCCACCUCGAGAAGCGUUUCUGGACGUUCAUUGAAGGCCUCUGGGCGCUGGACCAUCUGGACUUCCCAACCGCAGUCAACAACCUCACCCACCCGAGCAUUAUCCCGACAUUCCCGGACGAAAUCCUGCUCACCCUGCUGACUGGAAAAGACAAGCUGGGCGGCAUGGGUGUGCAGAAGAGCGAGCAAGACGACAUACUCCCACUCGCCUACUACAACUGCGUGAAGCCCCCGCUGGAGGACCAGAAGGUCAGGACCGAGUUCGCAAAGUAUCUCGCCGAUCGAAACGUUACGGAAAUGUACCAUUGGAUCCAUACGCGCCCAGAGCACGAGCACAUGCCGCUGUUGGAAAUCCUCGUCGAGGAGACACUGCAAAAAGACGCGUGGGGAAGCAGUACCGACGACGCGCUAUACACACGGGAAGACAAAGCGAUGGAAUUAGUCAGUCUGCCGUUCAACGACGAGGAGGAGCAGCACAUCGAGAAGUACCUCACAGAGGGUAAAGGCCGGACGUUCCAGGGCGCAGAGGACACGGUCAUGAUCCGCAGGAUCGCCAUGGGAAAACUGACGGAUGUGGCUGGCGAGACUGGCACGAGAGGACGUAGAUUGGACGGCGUGAACUGGGAGGUGCUCAAGGAUGGGGUUAAGAGGGGCUUGGGGCCGAGGAAGGAUGAGGAUGGUUUUGUGCUCUGAAAAGGUGUUUGGUAUGGGCAGGAGACUAGGAUGCGGUUUUGCAUAGCGAUGGGCGUUUAGGUGGAAUUCAAUACCCUAUCAGGUGGACUGAGACUUCGGUCUUGGUCUGUACACGACGUCAGAGCCAGGUUGUUACUGCGGAGGUCUGGAUAAUGUGAGGCAAGCUACAAUCUCUGUGGGCGCAAGAUCGAGAUUCAACCGUCAUCAUCAUCUCUUUACCUCCCGCUCUCCUGCCUUUUACAUUCCCAGGAUUCUCACGCUCAUGCUUCGUUCUGCUCUCCUUGCCCUUCCCUAUCAAAAUUGCAAAUUUCC